AUGAAAAAGGAUUUUGUUUCGGAAAACCCUUGUUGGGAGAGGAUGUGCAAUGAAAAGUCUAUGACCUUUAAUGAUUUUGUUGACAGAGUAGAAGGGAGUCAAGAGUGGAUGUAUUUUGAUUACAAAUAUUUACAACAGUGGUUUAGUGGAGAUCACGAAUUAAGCAAGGAAGUAUCAUGGAAAAAAUUUGGCUUUCCUGACAAAGGUGCUGCACAAAGUGUAUUGUGGAUUGGAAGUAAAGGUGCACAUACUCCUGCUCAUCAAGAUACUUAUGGAUAUAAUAUUAUUGCACAGUUGCACGGAAGGAAGCGAUGGAUUAUGUUUCCCCCUGAAACAGGUAACCUAAAGCCUACUAGAGUACCUUAUGAGGAAUCAAGUGUAUAUAGUGAAUUGAAUUUCUACUGCCCAAGUAAUUUAGAUGUUUUUACUGCUUUGACAGGUGCACGUAUGGUAGAACUUUCAGCAGGAGAUGCACUAGUGGUUCCAAAAGGCUGGUGGCAUUAUGUACAAAAUUUGGAUGAAGUGAAUAUUUCUCUCAAUGUUUGGCUGCCUCAUGAAAAAGAUACUUCAGCGCAGGUUUCAGAGGCUUUGAUUAAAAUUUUAGUAGCACAAGUAUGUAAAGACUUACCUCAAGAAACUGCAAAGAUUCUGGUCAAUCCAAAUGAGGAUGAUAUAUCAGAAAUGCCAUUAGCAGUGCUAUUUUUACAACUUGACACUGUGGUUAAAAAAUAUUUGGACAACAAGCGAAAAGUGCGACGAAUUAAACGGCAUAAAACUUGUGAAGACGACUCUGACGUUGCCAUUCCAUCAACACAAGAAUUCAACCUGCAAUUGUUGCUAGAUAAUGAAGAAAAUAAUUUAGAAUUAGCAGCCAGUAUUACAACUAAUGAUUUAGUUAAUUUAUUAAAAGAAAAUAUAAAGGAGUUCGCCAAUGGAAACAAAAGUCUGGAAGAAGAUGAAGUGGAGGGCGCUACUGACAAGCUUUGUUUGACAAAAGCCGUCAUAGAUGCUUUUUGUCAGAGUAAUGUAAUAGAUCUCGUAAAACAAAAUUUAUUUGAACGUCUUAACUAA